AUGAGGUUGUUCGAUCCAUGGCCAGUGUUCUUCAAGAGAGAAUGGAAACGUUGUUGGCCGUUUCUCACCGGAUUCGCCGUUACCGGCGUUCUCAUCACCAAGCUCACCGCUGGACUCACUGAGGAAGACGCCAAGAACUCCAAGUUUGUCCAACAACACAGGCGGUAAUGUCUUUCUCUUUCGAUCAUAUCAAUGUUAAAUUUCGAUUUGGAAGCUGAAUUCAAAUCUGUAUGUGAUUUCUCUGCAUCUGUUAAUUGAAUCUUAUUAAGUCACCUACUUCAUUCAGAUGGCUUAGAAUUUUAUUGUAAUUCAUGAUUUUGAUAUCUGGUUUUCUCCAAUAGCCUGUACAAAAUCUCAAUGUGUAAUGUUUGAUUUGUCUUGCAUCUGUUUCUUGAGCCAGUUUGGUUCUGUAUAUAUUUUGUAAUGCUUGAUGCAUUGUGAGCCAUACAUGAGUUUCCAACAUCAUUCAGAUUAACUAAGUGUGUUUGAUCAGACUCUUGUAAUAACAAGAUUUGAAUCCUUGAUAGAUUUAGGAUUUCACAGGAUUCCAACACACUUACCAUUCUCUAUGUUUGUUCAUGUUCUGUUGUGAAAUCUCAGGUGAUCUACUGACGUGAGUUGUCGAAGCUGAGAAGCCGAAGCGUUCUUAUGGAAACUACUGAGAGUGCUUCAGCUUUCAAACCUGUUCUAAUAACAUGAAAGAGAGGAUUAUAGACACUAUCAAUCUCUCGUUUCCUUUUCUCUGUGUUUUCACAACUCUUGAACAGUGCAAAUUCUACUCUGUUUAUCCAAUUUUUUUCCUUUGCAAUGAAUUUCUUCUUCUCUUUUUGUUCCCCAAUAAGAAUAUAUGGUUAAG